UCUUAGAAGUUAAAAAAGAGUAUCUUUCUAAUCUUCAAAAAUCUGCCACUUUCAUUACUUAUCAGUUAUCAGAAGCAACAAUGCCCAUCUCCACCACUCUAUCCAUCCCCGGCGUCGGUGCCGGCACCUUACUUUCUGGUGAGUUCCAGCAACUGGGUCGUGUUGAAACCAAGCUCUCUCACGAAGCCAGAAAACAUUGUAUUUAUGGGCACCGUUUGCCGAAUUACAAGUGCUUUUGGCAAGUACCCAGAAGCAAAAACUUGAAGAAUUUUAAGCCUAGAGAAUUUCCUUUGCAUUUUGCUUAUGGAAAAGAUGCUGAAGAUAGCUCUCUUUCGAAUCUGAGUGAAGAUACUGAUGAAAUGUUUGAUGACUUGUUUAAAAAAUAUGGAGAAGUUGUAUUCAGGAGAAAUGACCAAAAGCUUCCAAGUGCUGAAGUUGAUGAUGACGCUGAAAGCUUAUCAUUUGCUGUGGCAAUGGCCCGGGUUGCAAGUGACGUGAAGGCUGCAGACAUAAAAGUUCUCUUUGUGAAGCCUCUUGUGUAUUGGACUCGGUUUUUUAUCAUUGCAACUGCGUUUUCUCGCCCUCAGAUUGAUGCUAUUGGAUCCAGAAUAAAAGAUCUAGCUGAAAAGAAGUAUGGAAGGAUCCCAUCUGGGGACUCAAAACCCAACUCGUGGACCCUUUUGGAUUUUGGUGAUGUCGUUAUCCACAUAUUUCUUCCAGAUCAGAGAGCUUUUUACAACUUAGAAGAAUUUUAUGGAAAUGCAACUCCAAUUGAGCUGCCCUUCGAAAACCAACCCCCAUUACAGAGCUGAGUUACUUUAAAAGCUUGUGCUGAUGGAUGCAGUGUUGGCCAGCUUUCAAGGAGGCAGAUUUCGCCUCUACUCGUUUUCAUCUGUUCAAAGAUUCUUAUCUCAAAACUCACAGAGAGGCUGCACAUUUGUUGAUUCUGCGUUUCUGAAUGUGUGCUUGUUUGAGAUGAUUAUUCACUAGUCAGCAAUGGGCUAUAAGAAUGGUGCAGUGUUGUAAUAUCUCAGUAUUAACUAUUUCUGAUCCAGUU